AUGUCAUUAGCCGCGCUCGAAAGGACCGUCUCCCUUGUCCGAGCCACUCAGAGUUUCAACUAUGCCGCUAUCACAUUGCUCAUCUACGACAUGAUUCUCACUAUGCAGCAAGAAAUUGAGAUCGUCUGGAGAGCAAGAUGGACGGCUAUCAAGUUUAUCUAUCUUAUCAACAGAUACAUUACCCCCUUCUUCAUGCUCGCUCACGUCUGGGUCUUCAGUGGCAGAGCGUAUGGGCUAACCGAUACCUCUUGUCGUGUCAUAUACUCUGUCGCGGCCGUUGCCGAGAUCUUUUCGGUCUCCUUCGUCUCGUUGGUGAUCAUCAUCCGACUAUAUGCCGUCUACGAGCUCUCCAAUCGCGCUUUCUACUCACUUCUCACCUAUUGGCUUCUCACUUUUCUCGUCUUUACUGCGUUAACCAUUCCAAAUCUCUGGGCUCGUCUCGACAGCAAGUAUGCCUUGUUUGUGACUGAUUGUACUGACGAUAUUAUAGAACUACGCUAUGUGCGCUCAGUCAACGUGUGCACAUUCAAGGUUGGUCCGACCUUUUGGACGAUCCUGUUACCAACUGUGCUGGAACACGGCCUACUCUGUCUUUUCCUUGUUCACAACGCCAUGUCGACACCCCGGUCGUCGCGGUCCGCCAUGCUCGCGACGAUUUACAAAGGCGGCAUUCUGUACCACGCAUUUACCUUUUGCGUUCUCUUGGUCACUCUCCUUUUGUGGCGCUUCAAGGGAUCGACAGUUAUUGGAUCGACUUCGUUCACCGUUGGCUUGUUCCUCACUAUGGCUACGUCUCGACUCCUGCUCAAUCUCAAGGAUGCCGAAUUCAAGCACCAAUCCGUCCCUGUAGGCGGAGCAAUGCAGCCUAACUCGGCAUUCGUGCAAAAGGACAGAGCAUUGACACGCAAAAAGCUAAUGGCGAUGGCCGCCUCCAAUGAUUUCAAUCACGAUCCCGCAUCCUCACACGCAUAUGACGAAGCGGGCGGGCCUAUGAAGAUGCGAACACUUUCAGACUUGGACGAUAUAUCGCUCUCUCAUGCCCACCACGCACACAAUCUCUCAAACUCGACAAACGCAAGCUCAUCAACGACAGAAGGAGCAUCUGGAUUGAGCAAAUGUAUAUUAAGCAGCGCGCGUGGUGGUUGCUCAGCUGUGAUCGGAUGA